CCUAACCAUGAACUUGAACCCUACCACUCUGGCGCACUUUUCUAAUGAUUAUGCUGUUCCAAAAGAUUUUUCUUUAUUGCUAUUAUCUAUGAAGUCUAUCAAAUUCUUCUACCGCGAUAUCGAAAUGCAUAAGCAUAAAUCUCGUUCUGUAGGAAUCAUAGCGAAAGAUGAGCGCCAUCAUUAAUGUUCAGUUCCAAUAUAUAACUCAAAAUACUUGCCUUAGGCUGAACUCAUUUUCUGAGAUCGUGUCACUGCCGUCAUAAGAAAUACAAUGCUGUCAUUGUUUUCGUCAUCACCAGCUCGUGUAAGCCAUCGAAAGUGGAACCCAAGCGGAGUCAGCCAAUUGAAUCCGUCUACUUCGCUACUACCAACAUCCAUAUUAUGGACAGAAUGUUCCCCAUCGACUUGACCAAGUUCAAAAAGCUUGCGCUGGAUCCAGCUAAGUCUAAGCUCUCCAAUGAAGAAAGGGCCGCGUUGAAGGCCAACAUUCAAUUACUUCGAGACGCUAUCGUUCUAUUCACCACCACUGGUUCUGCUCGCGGCCUCAGUGGACAUACAGGCGGUGCCUACGAUGUCAUUCCAGAGGUCUGCAUCGCUCUCGCUCUCUUUGACCAUUCGCAUUCCAGCUACGUACCGAUUUUAUUUGAUGAAGCAGGCCACCGCGUCGCAGUCCAGUACAUUCUUUCCGCUUUGGAGGGUGCAUUACCAGCAGAGCAGCUUCUACAUUAUCGGGAAGCUGACUCAAAACUGCCCGGCCAUCCUGAGCUGGGUCUCACUCCUGGAGUCAAAUUCUCGUCGGGACGUCUUGGACAUAUGUGGCCUUUCGUCAACGGCGUCGCUCUCGCUAAUAAGGACAGGAACGUCCUCUGUUUAGGGUCCGACGGCUCUCAGCAAGAAGGUAACGACGCCGAGGCAGCCCGGCUCGCCGUAGCCAAAGGCCUCAAUGUGAAGUUGCUCAUUGACGACAAUGACGUUACCAUCGCUGGUCAUCCCUCUGAAUACCUCAAAGGCUUCGACAUGACAAAGACGCUUCAAGGACACGGUCUCAAAGUAAUCACUGUCCAAGGAGAGGACAUUGAUGCGUUGUGGGGCGCCAUCAGCACCAUCGUCACCACUCCUGGACCAGCAGCCGUUGUUUCCAAACGUCCUAUGGCUCCAGGUAUUACCGAUAUCGAGGGAAAGAUUCAAGGACACGACGCGGUCCCUGUCGAAUCGGCCAUCAAGUAUCUCGAAUCCAGAGGGCUUGGAAGCUGUGCCGACAUGCUACGCAAAAUUAAGCCCAAACAGCAGCCAUAUGUUCAUAUCGGCUCGACCAAGGAGACUGGCGCCAAUCGGACCACUUUCGGUGAAGCCGUCAAUCUUGUUCUCGACGGUCUCAGCAAAGAGGAAGCGGCCAAUAAGGUCAUGGUUAUUGACAGUGAUCUGGAAGGGUCCACUGGUCUGAAAGCCAUACAUCAGAAGCACCCCGAGGUUUUCGUUACAUCUGGUGUCAUGGAGCGCGGUAACUUCUCUGCCGCUGCAGGUUUCGGUUUCGACCCCAAUAAGUUUGGAGUGUUCUCCACCUUCUCUGCCUUUAUCGAAAUGGUGAUAUCCGAAAUCACCAUGGCCCGCUAUAAUCGAUCUAACGUCCUUUGCCAUUUCUCCCAUUCUGGCGUUGACGAAAUAGCCGACAACACCUGCCACUUUGGCAUCAACUCUCUUUUCACUGAUAAUGGUUUAGAAGAGUUUGAAUCCUUUUUAUACUUCCCUGCCGACCCCCUUCAGAUGAUUGCCGUUAUCAAACGCGUUUUCUUCGAGCGUGGAAUGCGAUUCGUCUUCUCCAACCGCUCCAAGGUGCCUUAUAUACUCAAAGAGGACGGAAAAACUAAGUACUUUGGCGACGACUACGAGUUUAUCCCAGGCAAGGACGAGAUUAUCGCCGAAGGAAAAGCUGGAUAUGUCAUGUCGUUUGGCGAGAUGCUCUACAGGUCGUGGGAUGCGGUACUUCGUUGCCGGCAGAAGGGUAUCAAUGUGGGUUUGAUAAACAAGCCGACCCUUAGCUCCGUGGACGAGGAGGUAACGAAAAUGAUCGGAUCAAGCCCUUUCGUUCUUGUCGUGGAGACAUUCAAUACAAAAACUGGGAUCGGAUCCAAAUACGGUACGUGGCUCCUCGAACGGGGGCUUACGCCCAAGUAUGCCCACAUGGGUGCAACCAAAGCAGGUUCAGGUGGUCUUUGGGAGCAAAUCAAUCAUCAGGGCCUUGACCCAGCGUCUAUUGCUGCGAAGAUUACAGAGUUAGCGGGGAAGAAGUAGUUCUUAGUUCGUGUAUGCGAUUGUUACAAAAUUGGAGUCUAGUAUUGUUGCUCUGUACACAUAGUUUGAGUGGCCUUAAGCUUAAGGCUGCGGAUCUUGGAUUCACCGGAAUGCGAACGACGAGUGGGCUUUUUGAUUAACCUAUAUUUGUGAGAACGCCUUCGGGAACGGACAUCACAAGAG